UUUUGGGUAUUGUGUAUUGGUUAAGAUAAAGAAUGUUCUACAUAGUGAAAAUCUUGAAAUGCAUGUGGACUUUGAAGUCAAAGAUGUGUUUUUUCAAAGAUGGUUUUGUAUAUGAAUAUGAGGAAUAAUGAGUAAAGUUGCAAUCUUUAUUGGUUUUCUUCUUGUAAUAGUUUCAUUUUGCUAUUGAUCUCUAAAUUUCCCUUUUUGGAUGUUGUGUAUGUACUGGUUUGGUUAGAUAAAGAAUGUUCUACAUAGUGAAAAUCUUGAAAUGCAUGUGGACUUUAAAGUCAAAGAUGUGUUUUUAAGAUGGUUUUGUAUAUGAAUAAGAGGAAUAAUGAGUAAAGUUGUAAUCUUUAUUGGUUUUCUUCUUGUAAUAGUUUCAUUUUGCUAUUGAUCUCUAAAUUUCCCUUUUUGGAUGCUGUGUAUGUACACUGGUUUGGUUAGAUAAAGAAUGUUCUAAAUAGUGAAAAUCUUGAAAUGCAUGUGGACUUUAAAGUCAAAGAUGUGCUAUUUAAGAUGAUUUUGUUUAUUGAUAAGAGGAAUGAUGAGUAAAGUUGUAAUCUUUAUUGGUUUUCUUCUUGUAAUAGUUUCAUUUUGCUAUUGAUCUCUAAAUUUCCCUUUUUGGGUAUUGUGUAUGUACUGGUUUGGUUAGAUAAAGAAUGUUCUACAUAAUGAAAAUCUUGAAUGCAUGUGGACUUUAAAGUCAAAGAUGUGCUUUUUAAGAUGGUUUUGUUUAUUGAUAAGAGGAAUGAUGAGUAAAGUUGUAAUCUUUAUUGGUUUUCUUCUUGUAAUAGUUUCAUUUUGCUAUUGAUCUCUAAUUUCCCUUUUUGGAUAUUGUGUAUGUACUGGUUUGGUUAGGUAAAGAAUGUUCUACAUAAUGAAAAUCUUGAAUGCAUGUGGACUUUUAAAGUCAAAGAUGUGUUUUUAAGAUGGUUUUGUAUAUUGAUAAAGUGGAAUAGUGAGUAAAGUUGUAACCUUUAUUGGUUUUCUUCUUCUAAUAGUUACAUUUUGCUAUUGAUCUCUAAAUUUCCUUUUUUGGAUGUUGUGUGUAUACUGGUUUGGUUGCAUAAAGAAUGUUCUACAUAGUGAAAAUCUUGAAUGCAUGUGGACUUUAAAGUCAAAUAUGUGUUUUUUUAGAUGGUUUUGCAUAUGAAUAAGGGGAAUAAUGAGUAAAGUUGCAAUCUUUAUGGGUUUUCUUCUCCUAAUAGUUUCAUUUUGGUAUUGAUCUCUAAAUUUCCUUUUUGGGUAUAUUUACUGUUUUGGAUAGAUAAAGAAUGUUCUACAUACAGUGAAAUUCUUGAAUGCAUGUGUCCGUUUUAAGUCAAAGAUAUGUCUAUUUAAGAUGUUUUUGCAUAUUGAUUUGGGAAAAAUGAGUAAAGUUGCAAUCUUUAUUGCUUUUCUGUAUAUUUUCUGUUUAUGGGUUGUGAUAGGAAACUGGGGUUUUUAUUGUUAUAUCCAUGGAUAUUCUGUUGAUCAUAGUAACAUUUGCAGAGUGGGGUUCUUGAUGUAAUAAAGAUCUGCAUAAUUGGCUGAUUCUUUCUUGAUCUUUUGUUCUAUAUAUUUAGCAUUAUUGGUAAAUUUGCUAUGAUGUGACUUGAAGGUCACGGGUUUGAGCUGUGAAAACAACCUCUGUAGAACUGCAUGUAAGGCUGUGUCCAAUAUGCUCUUAUGAUCUGGCCCUUCCUGGACCCUACAUAUAGAAGGAGCUUAGUGCACUGGGUGGAUUUUUUGAUGUGCAUGCCCAAUAGUUUUCUUCUUAAAGUUUCAUUUUGCUAUUGAUCUCUAAAUUUCCCUUUUGGGGUAUAACAAUAUUCUACAGAGUGAGUCUUGAGUGCAUGUGGAGUUUAAAGUAAAAAAUAUGUCUUUUUAAGAUGGUUAUGCAUAUUGAUAAGGGGAAUAAUGAGUAAAGUUCAUAUCCUUAUGGGUUUUCUGCAUAUUUUUUGUUUAUGGGUUGUCAUAGGAGAAUGUGUUUUUUCUUCUAAUAUCCAUGGAAGUUCUUUGAUGAUAGUAAUAUUUGGAGAGUGGUGUUUUUGAUGUAAUAAACAUUUAAAUAUUUGGUUGAAUGUUUCUUGAUCUUGUGUUCUAGGUUCUGAUCUAGUGUUUUUCGCCUUAUCUUUUUGAAGAGUUUGCUGGCUAUGUUGCUCGGACUCUUCAAAAAUAUAGACCGGUGCAUGUGGGAUACUCCUAAAAUAGUGUAUUUUUGGAGAAUCCGAGCAACAUGGUUUUCUUGUGAUAUGUGACUUGGUAUUUUGAUCAAGUAAUCUUUGGGAUAUGAGAUUAUCAUGAUGUUAGAGCAAGAUGCAUGUGGUUUUUUGUUUUAAUUCAUUUCAUUUUAGGUGUUCAUUUUGCUAUCUGAUCAAAUCUUUUCUACUAUGGUUUUUUAUAGUCAUAUAUAUGAGUCGAGUAUAUCGGGUAGGUUAAUGGCUCUUGUAUUAUAUAUUGAUGAACUGCUAGUUACUGCAUGUAAACAUCAGUCACAGAAUGCUUACCCACAAUUCUGCUUCGGAAACUUCUCUUUUGAGCAAGGUCUAUCGAGAAGAGCCUCUCUGUCCCACAAAGGUAGGGGUAAUGUUUGCAUACAUCGUACUCUUCCCAAAUUCCACUUAUGGAACUACAUUGGGUAUGUUGUUGUUGUUGUUACCGCAUAAGCCUGUCUGUACUUGUGUAUUUUAUCACCUUAUGGGAGUUCGUGUUUCAGUUCUACACAGCAUUCUCAAUACACCUCACAUUCUUUUCUCGGUGUCCUUUUGCACACGCCAUUGAGUUGUUUUGAUGACUAAGAUUUUGUUGAUGUUGUUGUUGUUGUUGUUUCAUUUUUCAUGUAUGCUAUGUGAUGCUUCCUCUAGUAGUUGUUAUAUUUCUUUAUUUCUGUAUGUUCUUUGAUAUAAAUUACCAAGCCGGGGAUCUUUCGAAGACAACCUUUCUAUCUCCGUUAGGUAGGGGUAAGGUCUGCGUACACUCUAUCCCUCCCUAGACCCCACCUUGUGGGACUACGUUGGGUAUGUUGUUUGCUUUGAAUAGCUAAUCAUGGAGAUAUGAAGUCUUUGGAUCCUGACUUACAAGGCGAGACAUUGCGGUUGACACAUACAACUCUUAACUCUCAAGACAAAAUGACUGCCUCAGGGAAAACAAAUUCUCAAGAUCAAUGUGCUUCCUCAGAAUAUGUUCAUGAUGAAAGAUAUGGAAGAGAUAUGCAGGUUCAAAUAAAGCCUGCUCUUUUUUCUUUGCAAAAUGAAGUGGCCAAUUCAACUGGUUUAUCUGCUUUUGGCUACUCUGAUCCCUAUAUCAGUAGCUUAUAUACUGCUUAUGGACCUCAGCCUUAUCCUCAAAUGAUGGGCAUAGCACCUACUCGUGUCCCACUCCCCGUUGAUAUGGCAGAGGAUGGACCAAUCUAUGUUAAUGCAAAACAGUACCAUGGGAUCCUAAGGCGGAGACAGAUACGUGCAAAGCUUGAGGCUCAGAACAAACUUGUCAAAAAUAGAAAGCCAUAUCUUCAUGAGUCACGACAUCUUCAUGCAGUGAACAGAGUUAGAGGGUCGGGUGGACGUUUCCUCAGCUCAAAGAAAGUUCAUCAAUCUGAUCCAAAUAGUUAUCCUACUAACUCAACUUCUUCUCUAGACUCAGUUGAGCAUGAAGGUUCAACUUCUGCUUUCUCAAGUGUCCGUCAAGAUGUCGUCCACAAUGGCAUCAACUUCCAGCAGCAGCAGCCUGAUCACAUGGCCUUCAGUGUAUCCUCUCAUAUGGUUAUUACCAUGCAAGGCAAUGGGACUCAGCAACACGCUCCAGUUGUCCGGUGAUUACAAGUUCUUAACUGCCUUAAGACAGUCACCGGCAGGCAAUUCAUCCUUGGCUUUUACUCUUUUCCCAUUAUGUCUCUGAUUUUUGCAAGUGCCAACUUGUUCCUACUGUUAUAAUGGUGAACUUGGUCUCCUAGAUUUAUCGAACCUAGAUUGAAGAAAAGAACGUCUUUCGUUCUGUAUUAGUUAUCUGUUCUGUUGCAUGUCUGCACCUAACAUGGAAUGGUUGUGCAGUGAAGUUGUUAAUGAUAAACUGAAAAGAAAAUGGAACUGGUUUUAUGUUGAAUGAUUCAAGAGGUUCAUGUAAAGCUAAUAUGUUUAGUGGUCUUGAAUUGAAUACAUCUGUUGUGUUAA